AAUGAAAAAGCUAUUUGUUCAAUCAGAGUCGCCGGUCGCCUUGCUUUUUCACUUUCACUUAUGUCUUAUUCACUCGCUUCAUAAUGUCAAAUGAAUUCACAUUCGUGAAUCUGUCAAAAUAAGAAAGAUUAUGCUCGUAGUACAUAUUGGUACAUAUUUUUUUGUUUACAAACAAGCCGUACAUAAAUUAUUUCCCGCGAUUUUUCAGUUCCUAAAAGAAGUAGUUAAUAAAAUGAAUUCCGAGCGUGCUUCUCAUCCAUCUGGGGCCCAAGUGGAUGCGCUAAUAAAUUGGUUAGAAAGAAAGCCCAGCUUGGCUAAAGGAUUUGCCAAAACUCCAAGCGGUAGACUGGCAGCUAGUAGGGAGUGGGAUCGUAUCACAUUAAGACUUAAUAGUAUGGGAAAAACGCAGAAAACGAAAAAACAGUGGAUUAAGUAUUGGGCUGACAAAAAAAGUGGGGUGAAGAAGAAAGCCACUGCUCUUGCUGCUUUUGCAAGUAACACAGGCUCGGUGAAGCAUGAAAGUGACAUGCCAUCGCAGCUCACUAAUAUAGAAGAACGAAUACUGGUGCUGAUGGGAGGGGAAGGGUUUGUUUCAGGCAACCCGUUUCAAUACAUACAGAACGAUUAUUCUGGAGAUUGUCUGAGCCCAGCAGCCACAGAAGCAGAAGUAACCACCACCGCUGAUCCCAUCAGGCCUAAUAAUGAUAGUUUUACAAUUAACAUCAGAAUCCCUCAACAAACCGCUGCUGUUAAGAAAGAGCAAGAGUCUGAGGGUUCCAGUAGUCCCACUGAGCAGCCCUUGUCUCCUAGUCCUCAAACUACAAGACCUUCAUUAUCUAGACUUACAAGUCCAACACUAUCGCGCCGCAGAAUUUUGCAGGGCAUUAGAAGAAGAACCCAGGUGUCACCAUCAUCGCAGCGACGUAACAGCUUAUUAGACAUGACAGAUAAGUUCCUGCAGAUAGAACACCGACGUUUGGAAAUAGAUAACCGAAUAGUUACCGUCAUGGAACGUAAUAGCGAGCGAGACCAUUUGCUUGUGGAAGCAACUAAAAGUAUGGGAGAAGGCUUGAAAGCUAUGGCAGAAGGCUUAAAAGCUUUAGCCGAAGCAAUUAAGCGAUAGUAUAGCGUUAUUUAGUAGACAAUUAUUUAAUAAUUUGUUGUUGUUAUUGUAAAAUAAGAAUAUAUAAAUCCUCUUUAUUGUUUA